UGAAUUCAGCCCAAUACAGACGCACAUUUUUUAUUCUGAACAAGUUAUUUAAGAACUUAUAUUUUAUCUAUUUAGAGUGCGUGAAUUUCAUUACUGAUCACUGGUGGUUGUACAUUUACAAUUAAAAAAAGAAGAAGUAUCAUCUAAUUGAGUUUACUUUUUUAUUUGGCAAAAAAUCCCACAUUUCAGUUAUCAGUUCAGUUGACUAAGCCAAACAAUAUUUAGGAAAAAUGAAGAUAAUUUUCUUAGUAUGUGCUUUUGUGCCACUAUUUGUUACUACAAUAGAGUGUGAAGAUUAUGAAAAUAUUUAUACUCCAGUGUUAGUGUCCGAUUUAUCGCGAUUCUACUUCAAUGCAGCCAUCCUACUUGCGGAAGGAGACACUAAGUGCAACGGAGCUAUAAUCUAUUAACUAUUUCUACCAUAGUUCUUCCAAAUAUAUACACUUUACAUUCAAAUUCGAGCACAUUAUAUAAUAAAAUAGUUUUGAUUAGUCAAAAGUGAAAGAAGAAAGAGUAUCCAAAAUAGUUUUUCGAUUCACAAACUACGCCUUUAAAACUUUUUGUGAUUCGGUCGUCGAAUUGUACAUACGCAAGCAUUUCUAACAACUUUCCGAUGAAUCGCACAUCAAAAUAAAUGAGCUCGUUAUCAGCUAAUAUAAAAUAUAAAAUAAAGCUCCUGUGAUUCUUAGACAAAAAUCAAAUUCAUCAACUACUAUGGAAGAACCAUUACUAUUAGGAAUUAGUGCAAAAGGUAGGAGGAUUACAGUAGAUCGUAACGAAAUUGUAAAAAUGUCGGCAUUUUCCAAAUGUUUAAUGGUAAGAUAACGAGAAAAUGUGCUUCACUGUUGCUUCCAGAUGCUGAAAUACCAUUCAAUAUUUAAAUUUAAAAAGUAAAUUAGAUUGAAGAAUGACAUUCAACACCGUUUCUCAAACGCCUGACAAAAAAACAUCAGCUACCAUUUAUGUGAAUUUCACACAAGCGAAGGAGAACUAAAAGAAAGAAAGAAUAAAAUCAAUGCCAAAUGCUCGUGCACAGUGCGCUCUGAUUCAUUGGUAAUGGAGUAAGCUUUUAUCUGAUGACUAAAAGGCACUUUUAUCCAAAGUGAAAAAGCUGCAGCUGAAAAUAAAAAUAACAAUCGAAACGGACCAUAAGCACUCUUCCUCAUACAUAUACACAAAAUACCAUCAUCACCAUCACCAUAUACAGCAGAUAAUUUGCAGAUCAAAAAGAACACAUAGACACAUUAGAACGACACAUUCAGUGGAACGAAAAAAAAAAUUCCGCGAAAAUGAAGCUAUCAUUUCCAAUGCCCGGCGGUGGUACCGGUCUCACAUUAUUCUCCAAAUUAGUACGAACAAAAGAUUUACGCUCCGUUCAAGCCGAGGAUCCACGUAGCACAAAACCCAAAUUAACGAAAUGUCUGACAACAUUGGAUCUAACGUCAUUGGGCGUUGGUUCAUGCUGUGGCACCGGAAUGUAUCUCGUUGCUGGUAUGGUGGCGCGAACAAUUGCCGGGCCUGGAGUAGUUCUUAGUUUUGUUAUAGCUGCCGUUGCAAGCAUUUUCUCAGGUGCUUGCUAUGCGGAAUUUGGUGUUCGUGUGCCGCACACAUCCGGUUCAGCAUAUAUGUAUUCAUAUGUGACGGUUGGUGAAUUUGUAGCAUUCGUUAUAGGCUGGAAUAUGAUUUUAGAGUAUUUAAUUGGUACAAGUGCGUGCGCUUGUGCUCUUAGCGCUAGUUUCGAUUCACUGUCUGGCGGAGCAAUUACCAGAGCCAUAGCUGGAUCGAUAGGAACAUUUUUUGGUCAAACACCGGAUUUGAUUGCAUUCGGCAUCACACUGUUGAUGACAUUUGUUUUAGUGUUAGGCGCCAGCAAAUCGGUUAUUUUUAAUAAUGCAUUAAAUGCAAUAAACUUCGCCACAUGGGUUUUCAUAAUGACGGCCGGUUUAUUUUACAUCGAUACAGAUAUGUGGCAUGAGCACGAAGGAUUUCUACCGAAUGGUUGGAGCGGAGUAUUUAAGGGGGCUGCAACAUGCUUUUAUGCAUUCAUCGGUUUUGAUAUAAUCGCAACAACUGGCGAAGAGGCACACAAUCCACAGAAAAGUAUUCCAAAAGCAAUUGUUGGCUCGUUGAUCAUUGUUUUAAUUGCAUAUGUUACGAGUAGUUUGGUACUAACGUUGGUCGUACCAUACGAUCAAAUCGAUGCGAAUUCAGCGCUAGUGCAAAUGUGGUCGUACGUUGGAGCGAAAAAGUGUCAAGCAUUAGUUGCGAUUGGAGCCACAGCCGGUUUAUCAGUGGCAAUGUUUGGAUCAAUGUUUCCAAUGCCUCGAGUGAUUUAUGCGAUGGCACAAGACGGACUCAUUUUUCGAAAACUUGCACAAUUGUGGGAUCGAACAAAUGCGCCCGGUAUUGCAACCCUUCUCAGUGGAUUGGCAGCCGCAUUUGUGGCAUUAUUAAUUCGUUUAGAGACACUAGUUGAAAUGAUGUCGAUUGGAACUCUAUUAGCAUAUACACUGGUGUCUACAUGUGUGCUUGUUCUACGCUAUCAACCACAUAGCACAUCAUUGGUUGACCUGUUACCACCACAGUUACGCACACCACAACCACCAAGCACACCAGAUCCAACCAAUUUACCAAGCGAAGUUGCAAUGAACAAUAAAAAGACAGUGCUUAUCAGAAAAGUGACACGAGGUUCACCGGAUUCGGAUGAUUCAUUCGGUGAUGAAAGUCCAGAUGGAUACUUGGGUGGUCGUGAUGAUCAAUUUCUUGUGUCUGAUCGAUCCGAGAAUAAAUUCUAUGGAAGCGUACACGGUGCACCAACCGGAACCACUGCUACACCAUUUGAUAAUCUUGGUUUGGGUAUUGUUGGAAGAAAACUUGAAGAAUAUGGAUAUUUAUGCCCGGGACUAUUUCCAUGGGUGAACCCUGGACCAGCCACACAUGAAAGCGGAAUGUAUGUCACAAAAUUAGUUGGCAUCAUGUUUAUUUUAAUUUUCUUCUUGGAUCUAUUGGCGGCAUUCAGUUAUUCGGGUACAUUUUCCGGAUUCAUUUUUACAUUACUUACGUUGGGAAUCAUUGGCAUUUUGCUUGUCAUUUCACGACAGCCACAAAAUAGGUAUGCGCUUGCAUUUUUGACGCCAGGACUUCCAUUCAUACCAGCUAUUGCGAUUACUGUGAAUAUCUAUUUGAUAUUCAAAUUGAACAUAUUGACAUUGGUUCGAUUUACCUUGUGGAUGGCACUCGGUUUAUUGAUGUACUUUUACUAUGGUAUCAUAAACAGUUCAUUGGAAAAUGCUCCAGAAGAAAUCGAAUUGACGGUUGAUCAAACACACUUGCAACCACCACCACAAAAGGCGAACACAAAUCAUUAUUCAAAUCAAACACCAACGGCCGUAUGGGAUCGUCAUGGUUAUGAGAAUAAAAUGGCCGAAGAUAGUUGGACAACGGCAGCAACCGUUACAAAUAAUUACACAACAAAUAGUUGGGAUAUUACGGAUGUGAAUAGUUCGUGGAAUGAUCCAGCACCAUCACAAGUGCACCAAGUAACAACAGCAAAAAAACCAACGAUACCAUCUAAAUCAUCGACAACAAGUGCAUCUUCAUCAAAGAGUAGACCUCCACCACCGCCGCGACCAAAUGCACAACCACCAUCACAAUCUAGUCAACCAACAAAGGCCGGAUUUUCGGGCAUUUUUAUUGAUGAAACACAAUUUCCAACUUGGGAUGAUUAAAUUGAUCACAACAUAUAACACUAGGAAAUUACCCCCUUUUUUAAAUCAACAUUGCUUAACCAGAUCAUACGAUUUAUCAAACCAAAAGAUAUCAUCGUACAGUGAAAAAAGUACGAAUAUGUUCCAUUUUCAGAUAAUAUGACUCUGAUUAUGUCUAGCUUUUAAUUUCUUCUUUUAAACUGAAACUCAUGACUUUUGUACAAAUAAAUAACUAAAUAAAAAUGAAAUCACAUGUGCAAGAGUUCAAGUUCAGUCAAUCAAAUAGAAAACAAUUUGUUGUGUAAUUUUUUAUUUUUUUUGAGAAAUCUGUACUAUUCUAUUUUCUUUAAUCUUUAAUCUCUUUGCCAAUGAUUAAAAAAAAAAAACAAAUAAUAAGGCAUAUUCUAUUAGAUAGUUUUACUUAAUUAUUAAAAAAAACAUUCAUCAUAUUAUCCAUUUCUCGGAUGACAUGAUUUCACAAUUGUGAACGGAACGAAAAGUUUAGAUAUAGACGAAAUAAAAAAAAAAUUGGAAAGUUAAAAUAUUUAUAAAAAAACGCAAUAUAGAACAACAUCAAAGCAUAACUAAAAAACAUCCACAAAUUGAUAUGCUAGCAAGUAUGUUUUAGAAAUAAAUUAUUACCAAAGAAAGAAUGAUGCAUGCAUCGUUUUGAAUGACGAUUCGUGCAAUGAACAACAAACACCAAAAUGAAUUGAUGUUCAUGUUUUGACUUUUUUCGCGGUUCACUCAGAAAAUAGUAAUUUGUUAACAUAUUUACGAUGUUAUGAAAAAAAGAUAUGAUUAUUAAUGCCAUUUAAAGCGAGAGAAUGAAGAAUAUACAGUUUAAACAAUUGCAUUUUUAAAUUCUAGUUAAAGAUUUUUGUUUUUAAGAAUAUAAGUUACGGAACUGCAAUAACUACUUUAAUGUUAAGAUGUUCGAACAUUUAUUCUACAAUUUCUAUUUGUUUUAUUCAAAUUCUAAUUAGAUCAAUGUCAUUCAAUGUCUGAAAAUCGUUUGAGAUUUCGUCCAUCAUUGCCUAUGGAAAUAUUCAAACGAAAAUCAUGAUGAUGUUCAAUGCAGCAGCAUCACAGCAUACAUCCAUGUUUCUUAAUCAAAAAAAGACUUGUUUAAACGGUGAUUUGACCAGAGGCCGAGACCAAAAACUCUGUGAUUCGAACCAAUCAACCUUUUUUUCAAUUCUCUUUAAAUAAAACAAAAAAUUCUUUUUUUUACACAGACUGCAGACAUUUGCAGUUGCGCAUUUUGUUUGUGUGUCAUGAACCAAGCAGCAUUGCAUGCCAUAAGGUCACAGACUGUUCUUCUUAACUGGUUUUGAUGUUGCUGUUUUUUUUUAAAUUGAAACAAAUGUUCUCGUCUUAUUUCAAUGACGGAAAAUUACAGCUGAAGCUAAAAAAAAAAUGAAACUCUCUUGUACAUAAUAUAAAUAAACUACUGAUAUUAAUCGUUAGGAUCUCUUUUUCGAUGGAUGUUGUGUAGCUUUACUACCAAAAUACUCUCACUUUCUUCUUAUAUGUGUAAACAUGCCAAUGAGCAUGGCAUAAAGCCAAUUUUCUCCUUCUCUUCACGCAUUAUGAUGUCUUAUUAUAUUUAAAAAAAAAACUCUUUUCCGUUUCUUCUGAUAUUUCGUCCUUUUUUGUAAAUAAUUUUAUGCAUGGUGUGGUCUGCAUAGGCUCAUAGGCCUUAGUUACAUCUUUUCGUUAUUAAUUUGAUUCGAUUUUGAAAUGAGUUUAUUUUGAAUCUUUCGAACUCUAUACAAUUUCUGUCCAUUUACAAGUAAAUUAAAAAGAAAAUGAAACUAAACUAUGUUUUAACAAUAAGAUCUAAAAUAUCCAACUGAACUUAACUUUUGAAGCAACUUUACAAAAUGAUUUUAAUAUACAUUUAACUGAUACUAAAUGCACCAGUAGCUGCAACAAACACCAUCAGUAAUUGCAUAUAGAUAUUUCUGUAAAAAAUUUCUUCUGCUAUUUAAAUAGAGUAUAUCAUAAAUCGUAGACAUCAUUUUUAUUUGAGAUGCCAAAGACUCAUCGAUAUAUAUUCAAUCAGUGUCUUCUCAAAUAACACAUGUAUUCCAUAUAGAAAUUCAUCCAGAUUUAUCAAAACCAAUCAAUAUACUCUCAGAACAUUAUUUUGAUAAGAUAUUUUUUGAAUUUAGUUUUACUUUAAGUUAGACGCCAUCUUUCAAUCAAUAUUCAUUCCAAAAACAAUCUCCGGGCAAUCAGUGGAACUUUUUGAACAAUUUUCAUAUUAUUUUUUUAUUAAAUUUAGGGGACUAUAGCAUAAUUUAAACCAUGAGCAGUGUCACUACAUUUUUUUUCUGUUUUCUCUCGCUAAAAAAAUAAUUCUUUUUUUGUCUUGUAUUUUGUUUAACUCACAAUGAAAGAAUGAAAGAAAACUAUUCAAAAUUAUGAACAAAAUGAUGAAAAUGUACAAAAUUCCACUUUGUGUAUGUACACCUCGUGGUUUAAAAUGCCCAUAGAAUCAUUACAUUCCAUUGAAUUUUUAUGUUAUGCAACGUCAUUUUUACUUUUAUAUAAAAUCAAAUAAUCAAUCUUACAGUGUAUCUCUUGAAUAUGUAUAUUAAAAUUGAUAAAUCGUUUUUAUCCAUAGAUGAGAACAAAUUUUUCCCAAUUUUUUCAAAACUCAAUCUCUAGAACAAUGUAUUUCAAACUAAAAAAAGAAAUGAAGACUUAUUGGGCGUGUGAAAAAAAGCAAAUCUAAACGAAGUUGAUGAAAUGCUAUCAAAAUGUUUCCUAAAAAAAUGCAGGAAUCACUGGGUGUGUUAAUAAAACAUGGAAAUAAAACCAAAUUUAACUUGAACAAAAUAUGCUGUGUUUACGAUACAUAUCUCAAAUAAUCCAAAAAAAAACAUUAACAACAAAAACUAUUGAAUAUUAUAGCUGACUAGAAAUGUUUAUAAAUGACUAAACAAAUGUUUGAAAUGCGGCGUGUUGCCAGUCGCUGGAAAUGUUUUAAUUAUGAAUUAAGCUUGUCUGCGGCAAAUACUUAAAAAAUGGAACUUUUAAAUCGAAAAGACUUGUUAGUUAGGUAUCAACGUUUCGUUGAAACGUGAGAAAAAAAAACCAUUUUGAACAAAGAAUCCUGAUUUCAUUUUCACCUGAAUUCCAUUUCGUUGCUGCAACACUGGAGAUAAACUACUGUUUACUCUUAAAAAGUCCUCUUUAAUAUUACAUGAUAUGCGAAAUGAUGAAAAUGCUUCAUUAACAGUAGUAGCCAGCGAAGGUUUCAACUAAAUAUCCCAUUCGAGUAGUGCAGUACAAAUUGAUCCAAUUUUAACCCUUCUAGAGACAUGAAACUCCCAUAUUUUGUUGAUUUGUUUAAUGCUUACACCAAUUGUAACCAUUUAUCGUAUUUGAUGAUUUUAAUCGAAUAGAAUUUUUUGACAGUGCCUGGCCAGUUGUUGAAAUGAAAACAAAAAAAAGGAACAAAGUAUCUAAACGACACUCAUACACCGAAUUGUAGCAAAUGAACUAAAGGUUUUUAUUACCAGUAUUCAAGUACCUUGAAAGUAAAAAGAAAAGAACAUUCGUUUGAAAGUGUAUUGAUCAAACAAAAUAAAAACUUAUAAUACGAGUCAAGUUAAAGCAUCAUAAAAACAAAAUACCAUUAAAUACAGUUGAAUCUAAAGUAUUAUUAUAAAUAAUAUUCCGUAGAUGGUUGUAUAGUGUCUAGAAAAUCGAAUGAACUUUUGAGUCAUAAAAAUGAACCAAAAAUUACAAAUAUAUAUAUAUGCAUUUCAUUUUGAUUUUAAUCUUCUUUUUUUCGAUAUCAUCUACUUAAUUUUCACAUUGCCGUUUUUGAUUAACAUAACAACAACAACAUAAUUUUCAAAUAUAAAUUACAUUGAUACGCAUAUUUUAUAGGCAUUUGAAAAUAAAAACCAAAUAAAUAUUUUAAAAAAUUCUAAGAAAUAAUGAUAACGAUGAUGACGAACAGUGGGCACAUGUGAAUACAUAAUUCACAGUGAAACAAAUCAUGUAUGUGUCUCAUGAAAGGAUUUUCGAAUGCAGCAGCGAGCCAUAGAUUCGCCAGUUCUUUCAUGACAAUCAACCAAACCAAUUUUUUCAACAAAAAAAUGUCUUGUAUUAUACACUACAUUCAAGCAAACACAUACACACAGAAACAAAAAAGAAUAUUAUUCAUAUAAACUACUAUAUAUUUAGCCAUUUACGAAUGAAAAAGACAACAAACCAACUAUAUAAAUUACAAAUUUGCUGUUAGAAUAUUAAAAAUAAAACUAAAGAAAUGGAUAUUUAUGAUGAGGAUCACAAAAUAAUACCAGAAACGACAAAGUAAA